CCCUAUCUUAGUUGGGUUUCCCCCUCGGUCCAGGUAGGGGAGGCGGGCUGUGGAAGGGCGUCAAGGGAGAACUGGGCUGGGAGUCACAGACCUGCGGUCCCCGCCCCGGAGUCGGGUGUCCUGGGUGUCCUGAGGACACGCGCUGGCCAGCUGCCCUCCGCGUCCUCGCCGCGGGCUCCUCUGCCAGGGCGCCUACGUGCGCCGGGCCGCCCGCGCUUUCUGCUCCAUUUGCCGCCUGGCCGAGCGGAAAGGCCAGCGCGCUGCGGGCCUGGGAAGCGGGGCGUCUCCCGCGCUCGGCGGACCCGGGCCCCUGCAGACGGAAGCCCGCUCUGACAUCUCGCCGGGUAAUGGGGACCCGGAGGCAGCUCUGAGGUGCCCCAUCGAGACCUCAGCCCCGCGUGGAGCUUUCCGCGUGACACUGGAGCGAACAAGGGGGGCUUCUCCCUGCUUCUCAUUGUGUAACUACAGGAGCCCCCCCCCCAUCCACGGUUCGAUGCAAGUUACUGAGGUCAAGUGAAGUGGACACUGGGUUCCCUAGGAGCGGCCCCAGGCUUAAUAAUUGUCCAGAAGGCAGCUAUAAAGGGAGCCUAGGAGGCUGAGUGGAGGAGGGAGCAGGGGAAAAAAGCAACUCAGCAGAUUUGAGCGCCGAGAGUGGCCAGGAAAGCAGGAGCCUGGUCAGAAGCUGUGCGUCCUGCCUGGCAAGACCUGCUCUUUUCUACCAUGGCGGGCCAAGGCUACGGCUAUUACCGCACUGUGAUCUUCUCAGCCAUGUUUGGUGGCUACAGCCUGUACUACUUCAACCGCAAGACCUUCUCCUUUGUCAUGCCGGCAUUGGUGGAAGAGAUCUCUUUGGACAAGGAUGAUUUGGGACUCAUCACCAGCAGCCAGUCGGCAGCCUACGCCAUCAGCAAGUUUGUGAGCGGGGUGCUGUCUGACCAGAUGAGUGCUCGCUGGCUCUUCUCCUCUGGGCUGCUCCUGGUUGGCCUGGUCAAUGUAGUCUUUUCCUGGAGCUCCACAGUACCUGUCUUUGCUGCUCUUUGGUUCCUUAAUGGCCUGGCACAGGGGCUGGGCUGGCCCCCUUGUGGGAAGAUCCUACGGAAGUGGUUUGAACCGUCUCAGUUUGGCACCUGGUGGGCCAUUCUGUCAACCAGCAUGAACCUGGCUGGAGGGCUGGGCCCAAUCCUGGCCACCAUCCUUGCCCAGAGCUACAGCUGGCGCAGCACACUGGCCCUGUCUGGGGCACUGUGUGUGGCUGUCUCCUUCCUCUGUCUCCUCCUCAUUCACAAUGAACCUGCUGAUGUUGGACUACGCAACCUGGACCCUACUCCCUCCAAGGGCAAGAAGGGUUCCUCAAAAGAGGACAGUACCCUACAGGAGCUGCUACUGUCCCCCUACCUGUGGGUGCUCUCUACUGGCUACCUUGUGGUGUUUGGAGUGAAGACUUGCUGCACAGAUUGGGGCCAGUUCUUCCUUAUCCAGGAGCGGGGACAGUCUGCCCUUGUGGGUAGCUCCUACAUGAGUGCCCUGGAAGUUGGGGGUCUUGUCGGCAGCAUUGCAGCUGGCUACUUGUCAGACCGGGCCAUGGCAAAGGCGGGGCUGUCUGUCUAUGGGAACCCUCGUCAUGGCCUCCUGCUGUCCAUGAUGGCUGGCAUGACUGCAUCCAUGUACCUCUUCCGGGUAACAGUGACCAGCGACUCCCCCAAGGAAGAUGCUUUCUGGACUCCGGCUCUUCACCCUCUCGCUGAGCUCACAGGCUUUACAGAACAUGAGAUCUGGAUCCUGGUACUAGGUGCUGUGUUUGGUUUCUCCUCUUAUGGUCCCAUUGCCUUGUUUGGAGUCAUAGCCAAUGAAAGCGCGCCUUCCAACUUAUGCGGCACCUCUCAUGCCAUCGUAGGAUUAAUGGCCAAUGUGGGUGGCUUCCUGGCCGGGCUGCCUUUCAGCACCAUCGCCAAGCACUACAGUUGGAGCACAGCCUUCUGGGUGGCAGAAAUGAUUUGUGCAGCCAGCACAGCUGGUUUCUUCCUGCUCCGAAACAUUCGCACCAAGAUGGGGCGAGUGCCCAAGAAGGCAGAGUGAAGAGUGCUGGCUCUGGAGCACGCUCUCCGCUGUGGCUGCCCUGCAGUCGGGUGCAGAAAGGCUGGGCACUGCCUUUCUUCAUGUUCCAUCUGUGUACCUUGUCCUUCACCAAGGUGGCACUGAAAGUUAUCAGUGGCUAAUGAGGUGUUGGUUCCCUAUCCUGGGCUCUAUUUAAAAGACAACCUUUGUGUUUGGAUUCCAUUAGCUCUUUCCUACUAAUUAGUUCAUUUCCAAGUGAAUAGGAAACUGGAAUGUGGAUGUCCCCUUACCCUUCUGUCUCUCCUCAGCACUGUCCUACCCCCAUCUUACUCAUCCCCAUCUGAGCUAAGGCUGUCCCUGCAACUUCAGGGCAUUAAUGACUUGUGACUUCUGCCCCCUCUGCAGUGGGCAACAACUUUUGCUAAUACUUGAGUCUUCAGGGGAAGAGAGGAGGCCACAACUCUCACUGGCACCCUGAGUAUAGGAGGGGAAUGAAUGGGAGGGUAAGAUGACUCUUAUACAAGGAUUAAAACUAGAUUUGAUAAAAAAAAAAAAAAAAAAAAA